AAAUCAGGAGGAAGGAUUCGGCGCCGCUAACGGUAACGGGCGGCUUGCGGGGGGGCGGGCGGCGGUUCCCCGAGGACGGUGUUGGUGAGGCGGCCGCAGGCGCAGCUGAAAGUCAUCGCGUAAUUCAAAAACACAAAUAUUCUCAGAGCCUGGGUUUCCUAAUACCGGCAGACCCCGAUUCACAGCUCGGUCGCAAUGAGGCGAAGCUCAACCACUUCUGGGAGUAGCGGUCGGCAGUCUACGAUGGUGCUGAGGGUGCAGGACAGCAACAAGAUGGGUCUUCAGACGCCUCAAAUGAAGGACAGAGGAACGUUUGGAAAGCUGAGCAUGAGCAAAACAACGUCUGCAACUUCAGAAAGAAAAGUCAGCUUUUUUGGGAAGAGAACUAGUGGGGCUGGGGGUUCACGCAACAGUCAGUAUGGUAUGUUUGGUACAGAAAAGAUCAAGGAUCCCAGGCCACUUCAUGACAAGGCAUUCAUCCAACAGUGUAUCAAACAGCUUUGUGAGUUUCUUGUUGAGAAUGGUUACGCCCAUAAUGUCACCGUAAAAUCACUACAGUCUCCAUCUGUAAAGGACUUUGUAAAAAUCUUCACUUUUAUCUAUGGAUUUCUCUGCCCUUCUUAUGAACUGCCUGACUCAAAAUUUGAAGAGGAAAUUCCCCGAGUUUUCAAAGAGCUUGGGUACCCUUUUCCUUUGUCAAAAAGCUCCAUGUACACGGUGGGAGCACCACACACCUGGCCUCAGAUUGUGGCAGCUUUGAUUUGGUUAAUUGACUGUUUCAAGUUGUAUGCUGCCAUGAGGGAAAAUCCAUCUUCAUUUGACGAUGGGCAGAACUGGGGAGGAGAAACUGAUGAUGGAAUUGUACAUAACAAGCUUUUCAUGGACUACAUUGUAAAGUGUUAUGAGCACUUCAUGAAAGGGGGAGAUACUUACGAAGAAUUGGAUGCAGAAGUGCAGUCAAAAUUAAAGGAUAUAUUUAAUGUAGAUGAAUUCAAAAUAGAAGGCUUAGCAGCAGAAAACAAAAGACUUCAUGAAGAAAUUGCAAGACUAGAAAAAGAAAGGGAAAGCGAGCCGGAUCGUUUAGUAUCACUACGAAAGCUGAGAUCUUCUUUUCAAGCAGAUGUUCAGAAAUACCAGGCUUAUUUGGCUAAUCUGGAAUCUCACACAAGUAUCCUUGAUCAGAAAAUGAAAGGUGUUAAUGAAGAAGUUGAGGCAGCAGAAAUGGAAGUAGAAGCAAUGAAGCAGGAGAAUGCACGGCUCCAGCAUAUCUUUGAUAACCAGAAGUACUCAGUUGCGGAUAUUGAGAGAAUAAAUCAUGAGAGAAAUGAGUUGCAGCAAACCAUUAACAAGCUAACUAAGGAACUCGAAGCAGAAGAACAUCAACUGUGGAAUGAAGAGCUAAAAUAUGCUAGAAAUAAAGAGGCGAUUGAAACACAACUGGCAGAGUAUCAUAAACUGGCUCGAAAGCUGAAAUUAAUUCCAAUAAGUGCUGAGAAUUCUAAAGGGCAUGACUUCGAGAUUCAUUUUAAUCCCGAGGCAGGACCAAAUUGCCUAGUCAAAUACAGAACUCAGAUUAAGGCUCCUCUUAUGGAGAUUGUAAACCAAACUGAGGAAGAAAUUAGGAAAGCUGUUCAACGGAAAAUGAGUUUGGAGGAUACUUUGGAACAGGUGAAUGCAAUGGUAGCGGAGAAGAAAAGCAGUGUGAAAACACUGAAAGAAGAAGCAGAAAAGCUGGAUGAUCUUUACCAUCAGAAGCUUAAGGAAGCAGAAGAAGAGGAGCAAAAAUGUGCAAAUGAGCUGGAAUUGUUAGAGAAGCAUAAACAAUUACUUGAGAGUGGUGUCAAUGAGGGUCUCAGUGAAGCCACAAAUGAACUGCAUGAUAUUCAGAGACAAUACCAAAUUGUUAUGCAAACAACAACAGAAGAGAGCAGGAAAGCAGGUGAUAACUUGAAUCGUCUCUUAGAAGUGAUUACUACUCAUGUAGUAUCUAUAGAGAAAUAUCUUGAAGAACAGAAUUCAAAAAUUGACAGAGACUAUGAAGAAUUAAUGUCUGAAGAUCUGCUGUCAACCUUGACCGGAAUUCUAGACAGUUAUAAAAAGAAGGCUGAAAGUGUAUAAUUACCAAAAAGCUGAAGAUGAAAAUUUUGUGCUUCUGAAGCUCCAUUGUGGUGUCUCCUAAAAGGCUGGUUACUUCCUGUUUUUAUCAGCAACUUGGUUUUAAUGAAAUGAUAAUGAACUUCUUGUUUUACUGACACAAAUAUAGUAAAGGAUUAAAAUAUUUGUAACUGAAAAAACAAAAGCUUUGCUUACUCUUCUACUGCCAAAAUAUUUCUACAGAAUUACAAUGUCCGUGUCAAGGCAAUUGUGGAACAACAUUAUUUCUUUUUAUAAAUAAGCACCUCUGCUCUCCAGGAACAUUCAGAAAACAUUCAGCCUUUAGUUAACAGUGGACUUAAAGAUGGAACCACAAGUGUCAGUAUAGUUUGUGCAUUCUUUAAUAUUUAUAUGUAUUUAACAUGAGUCAUGACAGUACAUGUCCUUCCAUAGGCCUUCAGUUUAUCAGCAAGAACAAAUGUAAAUGUCUUCCAGUCUCCUGUCUGUUAUCUACGAAACUGCCCAGAGACCCUUCUGGUGUGUAAGAUUUUUGUUAUUUUUCUUUUAGCAAAGUCUCUUUAGAAAGAUCAGCAGUAGUUAUGCCGUAAUCUUGUAAAUUUAGAAAAUGAAAGACAGUUUGAAAACAAAGUUCUGCCUUUAAAUGCUUACAGUACCAGAGGAAAACUUACUGCACUUCUUAAGUAUGUUUAUUAAAUGAGCUUUAGGUAUGAAAAUGUGAAUUCUGACAGUACAGCUAAUUAAUUGAAGGUGUAACUAGUCUUGUGUGCAUUGAAACAGUCUAAAACAUCUGUGUUCUUCUACUAGAUCAGUAAAGCAGACCUUACUGGAUUUUUCUUUCUUAGGAAGGUAAAGUUGGCAUAUGGGGAGUUCCAGUCCAAAUACAUUAAAGAAAAUGUAUCCCCAUCUCUUGAACAUGUAUUUGUCUUGUUCAAUGCCACAUUGUAAGCAGAGGCAAUAUCUGCUUGUCUACUCUGUUAUAUACCUUUCGUAUUCCUUAAAAAGUAGCCCUGGGUAGUUUAAUUUUGAAUACAGGUCAGUGAUAAAUGUCACUGAUUCAAGUACACAACAAAGGAACUCCACUGUCUUCAAAAAUGUUUAGUGGCUGAUAGCUAAUUAAAAUCACUGCUCAAUUCUCUAAUUGAAGUAUUUGAAUGCAACACAGAUCCCUUGGGUACAAAUCAAAAUUUAAGUUUAAUUUUAACUCUCUGAACGCAAACUGCAAAUAAAACCAAAUUGUGUUUUAAUUUUUGGCUCUUUUUGCAAAGCAUACAUAAAAUUCUGUUUUCCUUGAUGAAGUAUGUGAAUUUUCUGGCUCUGGUCUGAGUUUUUGUUUUGUUUUGUUUUUCCAGAUACUAUAAUGAUGGUGGUAUUUAAAUUUCUUUCUGCUCCUUUGUUAUAUGCUGAAAGCUUACUUUCACAACUAUAAAAGCUUGCUGACAAGCAGGUAGCACUACUUCUUUCUUCUUUUGUUCUCUCUCACCUUUACAAACUCUUACUUUUUUUCCUAUAACAGCCUAUUCCUUUCAAAUCUCAAUUACUUCUUAGAAAUCUUUUUUUUUUUUUGUGAUCUUUCUAAUGUAUUUAUUAUCUAAAGCAAUACUCUCCUAGUUAAGCAAAGCUAUGGGAAAUCCAAAACAAUCACGUUCCUUUAAAAUAAUUGCUUAUUUAGGAACUACAGUCUUUCUUGGCUUCCUGAUACUUGUUUGUCCCUACUUCUGUAACUGACUGUUCCCGUGUCUAUUAGUAUCUGCAGCCUCAUUGCAUGUGGAGUAGUCAGUUGACUUAGUAAACACAAUUUCAAAGGACUAAUAACCCAAUAGUAAUGGGUUAAAGAAUCAAGGUCAGAACGACCUUCCUUUGUAUUCUGAGUUGUGGCUUUUAAAUAGAAUAUAAUUACUGCUUAGAUUGUUUUUUGUUGUUUUUUUAAUUUGGUUGGAUUUUUUCAACCAGAAUGUAAAGUCUUAAUCAAAAUGUACCACUGGCACCUGCAUAUUUCAGUAGUAUGAGUAGUUCAUAAUUCUGGGAGGUAUUUGUAGGGGUACAGUUCUCUCAUCUAUUACUAAUGUAUCUCUUGUAUAGUUUACUUAAUAUGUCUCAAGGCUAUGUAUUUUUAAACUCAAUAAAAUUAC